UUGGUUCCCUUACUCCCAUCUUCCCAAUGGCCAGCAUCCCAGUGUGUUGCAUGUGUGCUUCUUCACUUUGUGCGAUUCUUUUCUUGUUGUUGCUGUUUAAAGUUUAUUUUGCAGGGGUGGCUCUCAUAGACGUGCAUUCCUGGGUUCGUGGGACAUCUUUAAUUGAUGGAAGUGUAUUGUGUUGCGGUGCUCAUUCUCACUUUCCACUCAGCACUGUGUCUAAAAGUCACAGGCCGAACCAAAACCUGAGACCUGAUUUGAGAUUUUCCGCCCUGGCUACACGCACUGGGCCCUCUACGUGGGGGACGGCUACGUGGUGCACCUGGCUCCUCCAAGUGAAAUCGCAGGGGCGGGCGCGGCCAGCCUUAGGUCCGUACUGACCGACAAGGCCAUGGUGAAGAAGGAGCUGCUUUAUUUUGUUGCCGGCGACGACAAGUACCGUGUCAAUAACAAGUAUGACCAGAAGAACAAACCGCUGCCUCCCAGGGAAAUUGUGCGCCGCGCGGAGGAGAAGGUGGGGCAGGAGAUGUGCUACAAGCUGACCAGUGAGAACUGUGAGCACUUCGUGACCAAGCUGCGCUACGGAGUCUCCCGCAGUGACCAGGUCAAAGAAGCGGUCCUGUCAGUGGGCUUGGUGGCAGUUGGCGCAUUAGUCGGCCCAGCAGUCGGCAUAUCAUCUGGAGUGGCAGCAGGCUUCUUUGGAAUGGCCGUGGCCAUCAGGGGUGUCAGCAGGUACCUACGGAAAUGAGGCGAGCAGAAAGAGCGAAACAGAGGAAGGGGCAGGAAAGAGAGAGAAACAU